CUCUGCCUCUUUUACUUGUACAGACAAGAAUGUUUCCUGGUGGCUCUUUGUAUAACUCACAGCGGAGGGGAUGGGAAAUACUUGUAUAGCUCUCCAAACAUAUGCCGAGUAAGAAUGUCGGAGGCCAUCCGAUGCACUCUGGUAAAUUGUUGCUGCCAGUGUUUUAAGACUGGAAAAAUAAACCAACGGCAGUGUGACCAGUGUCGGCAUGGAUGGGUAGCUCAUGCUUUAAGUAAACUAAGGAUCCCAAACCUAUAUCCAACCAGCCAAGUGGAAAUAGUCCAAUCCAAUUUAGUCUUUGAUAUAAGUAGCCUCAUGCUGUAUGGAACUCAGGCCGUUCCUGUCCGUCUCAAAAUCCUCCUAGAUCGUCUUUUCAGUGUCUUGAAGCAAGAAGAGGUCAUACACAUCCUCCAUGCUCUGGAUUGGACCCUUCAGGACUACAUACGGGGUUAUGUUUUACAGGAUGCGUCAGGAAAGGUCCUGGAUCACUGGAGUAUCAUGACCAGCGAAGAAGAGCUGGCUACCUUGCAGCAAUUUCUACGUUUUGGGGAAACCAAGUCCAUUGUGGAGCUGAUGGCCAUUCAGGAGAAAGAAGGGCAAUCCAUUACUGUCCCAACAACCACAGCCAGUAUGGAUAUUAGAGCCUUCAUCGAAAGCUGCAAUCAGAGAAACUCAAACCUUUCUGCUUCUUUAGACAAAAUGCACCCCAUCCACGUCCAUCACUUCGAAAAUGUGGUCAAUAACAUGGCGUUUAUGCUGCCCUUUCAGUUUUAUAGCCCCGUUCCUCCACCUCUGAUUGGUUCGCUCCCGGAGAGGCUCUUGAUGGAGUCCUCUCAAAAUCACAGCCCUGACUUAAAACAAGACGACUACGUGCCGUUUGCUGAAAACAGUUUCUUAACUUCCAACCCAUCAUUUCAACCAGAAAAGGAGAAGGGAGUCAUCAGCCCAGACCUCACUUUGAAACCGAAAGAGGACGUGUCACCAAGUGGUUUGAAAACUCAGACCGUGUCCUCCAAGCUGGAAGCAAGCCAGGUAUCUCAAGAAACUAAGAUGAAGUCAAUGGACAGAAAUGGUUCCGGAAUAAGGAAAGGGCGUGUUUUCUGUACGGCCUGUGAGAAGACCUUUUAUGAUAAGGGCACUCUGAAGAUCCACUACAAUGCUGUCCAUCUGAAAAUCAAGCAUAAAUGCACCAUUGAAGGCUGCAACAUGGUGUUCAGCUCGUUGAGGAGCCGAAACCGUCACAGUGCCAACCCCAACCCAAGACUUCACAUGCCCAUGAACCGAAACAACCGGGAUAAAGAUCUCCGCAAUGGGUUGUCCAUCCGAGGUCUGGAGGAGAACAGAUCACAGAUCUGCCACAUGCCUCCUGAUCACAGAUCAGUUCCUAUCUAUGGGAGUUCUGGUAUCGAUGCCAAAAUCCAACCAGGUUUUCACCAUAGCGGACACAACGGUGUCCUCUUCCCCAACUUGAAGACAGUGCAACCAGUGCUUCCUUUCAACCGCAGCCCGGUUACCCCAGCCGAAAUAGCAAACACACCAGGUACACUUCCUUCUCUACCUCUGGUUUCCUCGUCCGUACCUGAACCGCAGGGGUCCAGUGAGUUGCCCUUUGACCCAUUGCCUAAGAAAAAAUCCCGUAAGUCUAGCAUGCCGAUCAAGAUAGAGGCAGAAGAUGUCGACGCCACUAGCCCAGCUAAUGAAGUGGCCGGUUCAGAAGAUGAUGGGACUCCAAAGGCGGUAAGUGAAGGGCCUGUGGAGAUGGGGGUGUCUAGGAUAGGAAAAAAUACCAAUCAUCUCAUGGAAAAGCAAUCUCACUCAGAGGCGUUGGGGACGCCCGUUUCCAAGGUUGGAGGGCUCAAAACUGUGCAGGCUGUAGAGACAGAUAACCAGUGCACCACAAUGGACAAACUGCAUAAGCCAGACCAAGACAAAUCGCUAAGAAUAGCCUCUUGUGAACAUGCACCCAAUGAACACCACAAUGUGACCAAAGCAGCAUCUGAGCCCUAUAACAGCUACCUUAGAGAACCGUUGAAUUACAGGAUCCCAAUGAACAACUGGCCCGAACUGCAUUACCACUUGCUGAGUGGAAGCGGUUUCAGCACGCUAUCCAACCGGAGUGUGGCUUUUCCUGAGUUUGAAGCGUGUAAAGAGAUGGACCACGGCUCUCCACAGGCGCUGGGCCUUCCACAGGAGGAUGCCCGCUUUCGUUGCGACAUCUGCCUGAAGACCUUUAAAAACCCUUACAGCGUAAAAAUGCAUUUUAAAAACGUGCAUCUAAAAGAAAUGCACGCUUGCGUUGUGGAGGGUUGCAAUGCCGCAUUUCCCUCACGUAGAAGCCGAGACAGGCACAGCUCCAAUUUAAACCUUCACCAUAAACUUUUAACGAAAGAUCCUUUGGACAUCAACAAGAACCAUUUCAACACCAUCAAUCUCUUGAAGGACAUGGCCAAAGACGUUUGCCCAGAAGCCUGCUUGAAAGGACAUCUGGAGCAACACACCUCGGUCAUUUUCAAAAGCACCAACCGGACUGGCAGCUUGGUUUUCCCAAUGAGCACGAUCGCACAAGCCUGUCCCAAGAGCUGCAGGCAUGACCCCGUUGAGGGAGCCGUUCUGGAUCUGAGCACCACGUCUAAUGUUAAAUCCGAGAGCGGAACUCACUCCUCUUGGGAUUCGGACGGAAGCAGCGAAGAAAGCCCUUUGGAGGACAGCAACGAAAGCUGUGAAAGUAUUUGCUGGACGCCCAAUGAAGAGCUUUACCGAGACUGUUGCCCGGCAGAGGCCCCUAACCCGAAUUUCCCAACUGCACCUUCCGGCUUGCCGAUCACCUGUCACCUCUGCCAAAAAAGCUACAGUAAUAAAGGGACGUUCCGAGCCCAUUACAAAACCGUGCACCUCCGUCAGCUGCACAAAUGCAAAAUCCCAGGCUGCGAUACCAUGUUUUCUUCUGUUCGCAGCAGGAACCGACAUAGCCAAAAUCCCAAUUUACACAAGAGCUUAAGCAGGUCAUCCUACAGCCCCCUGUAACAGCUCAGUAUUUCAGAGUAUUUCAGUGGCUGUUGUGUUCUAUUUAUCAUUUCAGCUUCUCCUUCUUCUUCCCCACCCCCCACCCCCUUAUUAAGUAUUAGAAAGAGGCACAAUUUCAUUUACUUUUCCUUACACCCUGUUCAAAAUACGAGGUGCGAUUCCACUCU